ACCCUCUUUCCACUGCCACCAGCCAUGGCCGACCCUCAGCUCGACACCGACAAGCAGCUGCGCGCCGCGAGCGUCGGUUUCGACCACCUCUUCGCAAACGACCUCACCAAGGCACGGGAGACUUUCGCUAGUGGCGAUUCGCCCUUUCACCAAAUGGGUCACGGCGUAUGCGCCUUUUUGGAGGCUGCGCUUGGAAUGGAGACUGGUCUGAUGGCCGAGGCCUCCCGCCUGCUCGCCCUGUGCGAAGCGGGUGCAAAGAGGCAGCUCAAGGUCGCCAAGCUCUCCUCUGCGACCACUCAGUUUCCGCCGGGCACAGAAUGGGAACUCUUGCAUUCCGACGCGGUCAUUCUUCUCGGACUCACUCACGCCCUCAGUGAGUCCUACAUGGGCUAUCUCCAGUGCUUAUAUGCAAUGAACAGCGCACACUCAAAAUUCACGAAACUUUACAAGACUGUAUAUCCUCAUGGUCUUGACAAUUACGCAACUCCAGCCGCGUCCGCACCUGGUUCCAGUGCCGCGAGCAUCCGGUCAGAAGCUUCUGGCACGAGUGCGACUCUUGCCGCACCCAAGCCCUCGAAGUCGAGCUUCUUCAGCCGCUUUACCGGCUCAACACUGUCGGUUCCAAGCAUCGCUCAUACACCGAUCAAUGUCGGCGAAGGCUCGGUAGAUGAACUCAUCUUAUCUGGGACUGCGUUCGGAUAUGGCUUGUUCAACCUUGUGUUUUCCCUCCUUCCUGCCAAGAUUCGAGGAGUGGUUGGAUUCCUGGGCUUUAACCAUGAUAGGAAGCUGGCCCUUCGUGCACUCGCCGUGUCGGCAGCCAAGACAGACGUACACGCUGUCUUCGCAGGACUGUCAUUAAUGACGUACCAUGGUGUCGUUCUCCUGCUCGCCGGCUAUCAAGCGGAUGAACAACACAUACUCAAACAAUACCGGUCAAUCGUAGACAAAUUGGAGGCUCGUUAUCCGACUGGUUCGUUGUGGAUCCUGAACCGAGCAAAGAUCCUUCGCAUGUCGUACGAUCCGGAUGGCGCAAUCAAGGUGUUACAGGAUGGUCUGGCCCCUGGAAUGCCGCACACCUUUGCACAGGCCGACGGUCUGCUCAUCUUCGAGUUGGCGUGGACGCUGCUCUCACAAAGACGGUAUCAAGAAGCCGCGGAGGCGUUCAUCCGAAUGACGGAGAUCAACAGCUGGAGCCACGCUACGUACUGCUUCAUUGCUGCCGGAUGCUACAUCUCUAUCAAGAACUACGAAGGAGCGCAAGAGCUUCUCGACAAAGUCCCAGAACUGAUCGAAAAGCGUAAAAUUGCCGGGAAGGAUUUGCCUACGGAGGUCUUCAUCAAGAAGAAACUCGCCUUUUACAAAGAAAAACAGAAGCAGUUGACCGGGUCCGAAGCCAACUAUGCGCAUGCGGCAAAGAUCAGUCCCGCAGAGGAGCUCGGUAUUUUCUGGAAUACACAUGCGCGGAUCACCAGAGAGACCGCUCUCGCGCACAUUCAAGACUGGGCCACAUGUCUCAGCCCCCCGCCCAACGUGAAAAGCGAGUACAUCGUCUCCGCUCUCGAUAAAGAGCAGCCCGCCGCAGACCAGGUACCGGAUACUCCAGACGAGCUCGCUAUUCGCUCCCUACUCCUCGGCAUAGUCCACCGCACGGCUGGCGACUUCGUGUCCUCCCGUGCGCUUCUGGAGGACGCGGUUGCUCUCGAUCCCGCUGUCACAGUGAGCACAUGGGUAGGCGGUGUGGCCUGGUUUGAGCUUGCCGUGCUCGACCUAAGGGAACUGGAAGCUUCACAGCCAGAGAAGGGCAAGGAGGGCCCUAUUGCAGACACGGAUGCGUGGGCCCGCGUCAUCAAGAGUGCGCUGGUGAAGCUCGACAAGGCCCUCUCGCUGGCGACGCAGCAGGUUGACCUGUCAUCGCGACUGGACAGCCGGAUCGCUAUGCUGAAGGAUGAGCUUGCGCUGAAGAAAGAGAUGUUGGGGAUCAGCUCCUGAGGUUGGAGUCUAGCGGGUCGGUGGUUUUGUGUGGUCUUGGAUUUUAUCAACGACGCUUGCAUAUACGGCGCGGACGUCAUGGAGUUCGGGUCAGUAGAGUAGAUCCUAUAAUCUUCUGUACGAUCCUAAUAUACCAGACACGGACUUAGACAUGG